ACUGGCAGACAUAUGUAUAUUCAUACAACGUGUAAAUAGUGACACGUAGUAUUACUGUCCUAUAAAAUCUGUAAAUAAUGUGUGAAUACUUGUGAAUAUUUGUGAUUCAAAAAUGUUUACGUGUAAAUGAUUCUUAAUAUAGCAGCAAGGAAUAUUUUUAUCAAAUUUUCAAGUAUUAGAAAGUAUUAUAAAAAUAAUAGGAUUUGAAAUAUGGAGCAUGAGGACAGUGAUUCUGAUCUGGAUAUCUUGAAUAAUCUCAUAUCAAAUGAUAUUGAAGACACUGAUGUUGAAAAGAGUAAUAUUGAACAGUCUCAGCAUCCUGAACAGCCUAAUCAACCUAAAGAAUCUAAAUCAAUUGAACCAAAAAAGACUUUAACAGAAUUGCAGUUUAACUUCUUAGAUUCUAAGCCAUGUAAUGUAAAUAAUGAGGAUAAACCAAUUCAUGAGAAACUUACUGAUAGAUCUUACGAUGACAAGCUUGAUUCUUCGGAUGAUGAAGACAGACGUAAUUUUGAGGAGCAAAAGUAUUCUAAUUAUGGACGUGAGAUAAAGCAGCUAUUAAAAGAGCACUCUUCUUCUAAGACUGAACAACCUGCAAAAUUACAGCACAAUAAUAAUGGUUUUAAUAAUAAAAAUAAGUCUUUUGAUCUCAAUAAUAUAAAAAGUAGCAAUAAUAAUACUGUUCCAAAAGAUGUGUAUAGCGAUCCUUUUUUUGGAAUAAGAAUAAUUAAUCCUCUCAUAUCCUCUGCUGAAUUAAAAGAACGUAUGAAGGACAAGAUAGCUGUAACAAUAUCAAGAGUAAAAAAUCAUAUUAUUUCUGAUAAUGUACAUAAUGAUUGGGUAAUCGCCGGUGUUUUAAUCAAUAAGUCAGCCACAAAAACCUCGAUAAAGGGAAGUUCUUACUGCAUCUGGAAAAUAAGCGAUUUGUCCGACGAUUUGAAGACUGUAUCCAUUUUUCUGUUCAGUAAUGCCUACAAGCAGCUAUGGAAAACAAUCACUGGCAGUGUAAUAGGUAUUCUCAAUCCGAACGUGCUCGAGAGUAAGGACAACAUCGAUCAAGCAACUUUAUCAAUCGACAAUCCUUUGAAGCUGAUGAUCCUUGGUAGAUCCAAGGAUAUGGGUAAAUGCAAGUCGAUCAAGAAGAACGGCGAUUCUUGUACUUCUAUUGUAAACCUAAGUCGAUGCGAGUACUGUGUCUAUCACGUUAAACAGGAAUAUAAGAAAUGUACUCGACGAGCAGACCUACAGUCGAGCAAUAACACCUAUGGAUUCACCGGGGAUACGUUAAAACGUAUGAACAAGCAAACUGGUACACGAAAACCUUACAAUGGCCUGGCGCCAUUCGUACCAGUAUUGGCCAAACGCAAUGAGCAAUUAUACGAAAAGGACCGUGCUCGUCUGGAAUUACUAUCAAAGGCCUCUUCGAGCAGUGAUAUUAAAAAAACGAAAAGUGACUCGAAAUCAGAGAUCAAUGCUGUGGAUGCUAAGAAGAAGGAAAUGGCUGUGGAGCUGACGAACAAACAGUCGAGGAAAGAUUUUGAGCGACUCAAUAAAUUGAGAGGCUGGCAACCAUCAAAGCAAGUAAUAGUGCAAUCGACAUCCAAUGGACCAAUUCUAUGCUCCAGUCCGGUGCAAUCACAGGAAAAUAAUUAUACAAGCAAACCUAAAAACAAUCAUGUAGAUAACAAGAAUUUUUUGACCUCUCUGUCUUUAAACCCGCGACUGGGAGCGGGAUGUAAUCAAGGUACGAUAAAUUUCGAACCCAUCACCAAGCAACAAAUUCGUACCGCCAAGAUGAACGCGAUUAAGUGGGUGGAGGAGCAUGGAAAAAUCAAAGCAAAGAGUCCCAAUCAGAUGCGUUCGAAAGAGAAACUGUAUAAAAACGCGAAACGUCAGAGGGAGAAUGAUGAGCAGGAAGAACAGAAUGCGAAAAAGAUGAACAUGAGUAAACUAUUCAAAGAGAUGCUAGAAGCUAAGUCCUCGCAUACAGAUUUGAUCGAGAAAUCCUACGACGAAGAAAAGGAGAAAUACUUUGACAAAUUAGAAUUGAAGGAGAAGAUGGAAGAAAAGAUGUUGAACACUUUCAAGGUCAAUUGCAAAGCCGUGAAGUGUACAAUAUGUAAAUACACGGCCUUCUCGGCAUCGGACAUGUGUAAGGAGCAGAAACAUCCGUUGCGCGUGAUCGACGCUAUCAAGAGGUUCUUCAAGUGUGCCGAUUGUGGCAACCGGACUGUUGGUCUAAAUCUUAUGCCGUCAUACAGCUGCAACAAGUGCGGCAGCUCGAGUUGGACCAGGGCAGCAAUGAUGGAUGAGAGAAAGACCGUAAUUGCCACGGAAACUCUGUCCAUACGCGGCGCCGAGGAGAAGUUCAUGGGUUCGAUCGUGAAAGAUGCCAAUCUCAACCUUCUUGUUCCGGAUGAAGAUUAGUAAAUUCGACUCCCGCUAAUAGUUUUGUAUCUAAAUUAGUAAAUCGUGUCGUAUCGUAUUUGUAAAAUGUAAAAAAUGAUAAGACGGUGAUUGCUCGAAAUAUGUAAAUUGAUAGUGUACGUUUUGUAUACACUAAUACGAUGAAUGAUGUUUGUAUAACAUAUUAGAAACUCAAAUGACGAAAUUAUGCUACGAUAUAUUAAUUAUAUAUUUUUUUUUAAUAUUUGUCUGUAUUAUGUGGUAAAAAUAGAAAAUUUUAAGAUCACAAAUUGCUAUUUGAAUCGAAUGAUUAUCAUCGACUAAAAUUAAUUAGAGCGAAUCUUUUGCUUACCGCGCGCGAUUGAUUAUACUUAUUCCUAUAUAUUUUAUAUCUUAGAAUCUACAAAUGCAAAACAUUUGAUAUCCUUUUGUUUAUUGUCAGUAUUAUCAAUUUUCUUUUCUUUUUUUUUAAUUUAUGAAAAAUGUACAAAUAUAAAGAAAUCCUAAGAGUGUAUCUCUUGCACAUUUCCGAAAUGAAAUACAUCGAAUUCUCUCCGUCCGAAAUGUACACAACGGGCAGAAAUGUUUUGAUAUACAACCAGGUACAACAAUCGUAUAAAAAACAUUGUCAUCUCGAUUACGUUCUUCACUAAAUUACGUUUGAGGUUUAUGUUUAGGCUGAGUAGAAUCAUUAUUUCCGUUCCCGUUCGAUAGAGCUUUCUCAUACGAAGGUAUCUGUUUUCUCACGAUAAAAGUAGCCCGCGUUCCUUUCCUUCAUACAAGAAAGAUACGAACUAUGUAAAAAGAUAAAUAUCAACAAAUUUCUAAAUAUGAAGAACUGUAAUUGGGGUCCGAAAGCAUCGCAUUGACAUACGUUACCAGAUCAAUAUCAUAUACACAUGCAAUAAUGCAUUUGAAAACAAUCUGAAUGGAUUUUCCGCGACGUGUUAUGUCAAUAUAAUAACUCCGGACAUUAAUAACUAUCUGUUUGUAUGAGAAACAUAGAUUGUAUUUUUUCACUCAUGUACUGUUUAAUAUCCUAUGGUUGUCCACAAUUCUAUUCGGCAUUGUAUAUUACGAUGACAUGUUACUCUCUUCCUUGUAUAUAAAACUUCGAGUAAAACAUGCGUGAAAAAAGGAAGAUUAGAAAUAAUGGUUAUUCGAUCCACUUUGGAAUAUUACUUAUAAAUAUGAUAAUUAUAAUUAUUAUUGUUCCAAAAACUUUUAUUAUUUUUUUAAUGUGUAACCGAUUUAUCAUAGCUGUCAUAUAUUUUGUAUAUACAUGUAUAAUUUUUUAAUUCCCCUCAAAAACGAG